UUUCACAAAAAAAAGUCUCCUCUUUUCUUCCCCCUGCCCUACUUUUCCAUUCCGACAGUAAAAGAGUUGUCGGAACCUUAAAAAAAAAAAAGCGAUGAGCAACCGUGUCGGAUUACUCGAUCUGGAGAAGCAUUUCGCCUUCUACGGAGCUCAUCACAGCAACCGCGUAAACAUAAUCAUCCACACACUAUUCGUAUGGCCUAACGCCUUCGCGACUCUCCUUUUCCUGUAUUCCACGCUACCUCCGAUUCUAGAUCGCUCUUAUCUAGGGUUCAUCGAAGCGUUGACUUUUGACGGUGUUCUGCGCUUGGACAUUGGUUUUAUUCUCACUGUGAUCUAUGCUGUCUUCUACAUAUGCUUGGAUAAGAAGUCUGGAGUUUUAGCUGCUCUGUUAUGUUUCUCUUGCUGGAUCGGCUCUAGCUGUUGGAGUAGCUUCUCAGCUCCUAUGCUGGACCGGUCAGUUCGUCGGUCACGGCUUGUUUGAGAAACGAGCUCCUGCGCUUCUAGACAAUCUAUUCCAAGCUUUUCUGAUGGGUCCUUACUUCGUGUUGCUCGAGGUGAUGCAGUCUUGUUUUGGAUACGAGCCAUACCCUGGAUUUAAAGCACGCGUUGACUGCAAGAUAGAGAAUGAUAUCAAGGAAUGGAGAGAAGAGAAACUGAAGAAGAAGCUUAUGUAAGCUCUAACAGGUAUACAGUAACAGAGCCGGACCUCAACCUUUCGGGGCCUAUACAAAAUUAAAUUAAAACUUUGACUUUUACUUCAUAAUAAAAAACUGCUUCUCUGA